AUGGCAGAACCCACUACAAAUGACUGGCUUAAUAUAGCUAAAGGUUACUUUGAAAAGACGCAGUUCCCGAAUACUGUUGGUGCAAUAAAUGGAAAACAUAUACGGAUUGAGUGCCCAAAAAGUAGUGAAAGUGAUUGUAAUGUGUUUAAGACGUCGACGUUUGGUAAAAAACUUUAUGGCGAUAAAUUAAACUUUCCACCUGAACAAUGUCUACCGAACGAUGAAUUUGGUUCACCACAAGUCACAACCAUAUUUGUUCUCGUGACCGAUGAAGCUUUUGCUCUUCACAAUAACCUAUUACGUCCCUUCCCAGGUAGAACCUUAAACGAUAAAAGGAGAAUUUUUAAUUACCGUUCAUCGAGGGCCAGGCAAUACAUCGAAUGUACCUUUGGCAUCAUGUCUAAAAAAUGGCCAGUUUUUCAAACAAAUAUUUUGGUUGAGCCAGAUGCUGCAGUUAUCAUAACAAAAGGUAGUUCCUUCAUGGAAAGUGUUCAAAGAAGAGGAGUAGGAAACAUUCAAAAAAAUGCCAAAGACGUCAGGGAGUAUUUUGUAGAGUACGUCAAUAACCCGAACCAUGCACUUGACUGGCAAAAUACAAUAAUUGGCAGAUAA